AUGCCCGCCGGCAAACCGACGCUGGUCGCUCCCUCUUCCGAUGCCGAGCUCCGCGGCCUUAGGCGCAGGUGCGCUAGCGCGCUUUGGGCGCUUGUUCCGAAGGGGGUGGGAAGGCUGUUUUUUGGCGGUGGCCUACUGCGCGCUAAUUCCAAUUUGAGAGCGAGCAGUGUCAAAACGGAAGGAUCUGCGGAGCUGAAGACAGCUGUGGGAGGGAAGCAGCUUGACAACAGCGACAGGGGCAUGGGCAGGGACAAGGGUUCUUUGUCAUCGUCAUCAUCAAAGGAAGACGGGGCCAAGGAAAAAGCAAGGCUGAUCGAAACGGCGCCAGCACAGACGGAAGCACGAGGGCAGGGACGGCCAAGAAGAUCAGGAUCCCCGUCCCAGUCCCGGUCCCGGCGGUCCGCUCCCGCUCCGAGGCCGAAGACCGGCGGUCAGGGUUUCUCUGCUGCUGCUAGUGCUGACCCACCAUCGCCGGGGCCGCCGCCGUCGCCGCUGCCGUUGUCCAAGUCCAAGCCCGCUAGUUCAGGCGAGGAAGCGACAAGCGGUUUGGCGUCGACAGGGCCGCUGACGCAAGGCAGCGAGGGGGGAUCUCAUCAGGAUCGAGAUUGCGACCGGAGGGAUGAUGAGGAGAUCCUGGUGGAGAUUGAGCGGGGCAUCCUGGACGUGUUUUCGGAUGCUUACUGCAACAGGCAUCUGGUGUAUGCCAUCCUAGAGCUCGUGCUAGUGAGGCUUCUCCCGGAGCUGACGGAGAAGGGGGUUUUGGAGCUCUGGGCCGAGCGGCUUUCCGUGGAUGGUCCAUAA